CCAUAGGCCCUCUUCAGUCAAACAUGGCACAAAACAGGUGGCCCAUCAGAAUUGUAAAACAGGAGCCAGUAGCAAAACUGUUCGGCAUUGGCAGAGAAGAUUUGUUAUCAUUGGAGAUGAUGCUUGAGACUGACACACCGAUACACGUCCACAGACGUAGACCUCAAUUUGCGGUUGUAGGAUGUUUCCAGGUGAUUUUGUUUGCCAUGCACAUUGCUCAGCUCAUCAUUGGAGCAUUGAACCUCCAUGACUGUCCCAGGCAGCCCUUUAUUCCCAUCUACCUGCUGGUGAUUGGAGUGGUGACCUUGCUGUUCUCCAUCCUUCAGUGUCGCCGCAUCCGCUGGAGCGCCUGUAGCUGCCUCGUUUCACUCUUCGUCUUCUGCUGGUUCAUUGCUGGAAACGUGUGGAUCUACUCCGUCUAUGAGCCCAGCUACAAUAAGACAGCGAGCCCGGAUAUGUACUGCAACAAAACACUCUACCUGUUUGCCUUCUGGACCAUGAACCUGAACUACAUCCUUUUAGGCUUCUUGCUGUUCUGUCCCUGUUGCUCAUGCUUUUUUGUUUUGCCUUUAUGGAUGGUGGCAUAUAUUGAUGAUUGAUGAUUAAUGAUUUUUAGAAAUAAAGAUUUAAAAGGUUA